UUUUUGCGAACCGACUUUACUUUUCUAUUUCGAAUAAUAUACAAUCAUAUUACUUGGAAUUACUCUGCAAGCUUUAAUAAUUCACGUCAUCAAUUUUUUGCAGAUGCAAACAAAUUUGAAUUAGAAAUUAAUUUUUGAUAAUGUAUUUACAUCUUUUGUUUAUCAUCACAUGGUUGUUAUAAAACAGUUCAGUGCUAUAACUGAUAAUUCUUUCUUUUUUAGUAUUAGAAGAAAAACAAAACAAUGAGUUUUCUUGGUGGCGGUGGAAAAGCGAACUUUGAUAGACUUCUAGAGUCAGCUACAAACCAGAUUAACUUAGAACCAAAUUGGGCAACAAAUUUGGAAAUUUGUGAUUCAAUCCGACAAAAUGAUGUUACUAUAAAGUAUGCAGUAGCAGCAAUGAGAAAGAAAAUAAAGGAUCCCAAUCCUCAUGUUUCUAAAUUUUCUUUAAUCGUUUUGGAAACCUGUGUAAAGAACUGUGGCCAAUCUUUGCAUGAAGAAAUAGCUACACAUGAAUUCAUGGAAGAUAUGAGAACUUUAGCUCAGACUGGGAGUGCACCUGUAAAAGAGCAAGUUCUUUCCAUGUUGCAAGCAUGGAAUCAUGCGUUUCGAAAUAAUACAAAAUUCCAACCAAUUCUUGCAACAUACAACUUGAUGAAAAUGGAAGGUUAUCAUUUCCCCCCUCUUAGUGAGAGUGAUGCAAUGUUUUCUGCAGAUGUGGCACCCACUUGGAAAGAUGGUGAUGUAUGCCACAUGUGUCGAGUAAAGUUUGGAACCUUCACCAGACAGCAUCAUUGUCGAGCAUGUGGGGAAGUGUUUUGCUCCAAAUGCUCUUCAAAACAGUCGAUCAUUCCUAAAAUUGGUAUUGAGCGUGAAGUGCGUGUUUGUGACCCAUGUUAUGAUGAAAUCAAUCCAAACGGAGGAAAUCUGGAAGCUGAUGGCGCAAGACCAAGAAGUGACUCCUCUGAAUUACCGGCUGAAUAUCUUAGUUCUGAUUUAGCAAAAGAAGCACAGACGAAACCAAAGUUAAGCGAGACAGAAGUGAAAGCUCAAGAAGAAGAGGAGAUGCAACUUGCACUGGCACUCUCCCUGAGCGAAGAAGAAUCAAACAAGAACGCUUCUAAAAAUUGGUCUGCAAGAACAAAUCUUUAUGAAAUGCCAAAAAGUGAACCUGUUGUUGAAACUAGGAAAGCUGAACCACGGAACACACUUUUUUCCAAUGCGGCUCAGAGUUUACAAUCAAUGAAUGAAAGUGAAAAUUCAGAGCUGUCAAAAUACUUGGAUCGUUCGUAUUGGGAAAGGAAAAGUGCUGAAAACAACAACACAAGACAGCCAUCUGCUCCUGUUGUGCAAGAAAACUCAGUUGAUGUAGCUGUAAAUAACUAUGCUACUGAAUCUGACUCAGAUGAAGAGGUGGUCAAUUCAGACGUCUUUAUCCAAACAAUGGAAAAAAGUAUUGAGAAGUUUGUGGAACGAAUGAAUACAGUUUGUAUGAAGGGAAAACACAUUGCAAUGGACUCAACAGUGCAGUCGUUAUUCCAAUCACUUAGUGUAAUGCAUCCACAACUUAUAAAACUACUAGAAGAUGAAGAAGACUCAAAGGCCAAAUAUGAAGCUAUGUUGCAGAAGUUGGCAGUCAUCAGAGAAGCAAGAGAGUCGUUGAAUGACAUGCGUGCGCAAUAUCAAGAAAAAACACGUCAGCAAGAGUUAGAACAAGAGAUGUUGCGUAGAAUGCAAAUGGAACAGAAGCUAGAGUUAAUGAGACAGCAGAAACAGGAAUAUCUGGAGUACCAGCGUCUAUUACAAGUCCAACGUCAACAAGAUUUAGAUGUAUAUCAGCAAGAGAAGUUAAGACAGAAACAACUAUAUGCAGUACAACCACAGUUUGCAGGUUAUCCUGACCCGAUGCAACACGUUGGUGAUCCAAUAGUGACUCGAAACAUGACGUACAAUAAUGCCCAAGAUUAUCCAUCAUUGCAACAAAAUAUAAAUCAACAACGGGGAAUGCAAGAACAAUAUCAAGUAGACCAACCUCCACAAUAUCCAGGAAUGGAGCCUGAUGUCCGUCCACCUUCAUAUGCCUUAGCAACAAAUGCAGGAUAUCCAGUGCAACAACCAGGUGGACCUCCUUUGCAGCAUCAAGGGUCAAACCAGUCACAGUCUUCGAUGCAAAAGCAAUUGCCACAACAACAAGUUGGAUUGCAACAACAUCAUUUGGGCCACACUACACCUGUACCUUCCCAGCAACAAUUACAGCCUGGCCAACAGAUGCAACAUCAGGUACAGCCCAAUCAGCAACAUACUAAUCAAGCUUUGCAUCAAAGCUCUCCUCAUCAUAAACAGCCACAGCAGCAACAACAAACUCCUAAUCAACAAUUUCCUCAAUCCCAACCUUAUCAGACCCAAUCUGCUUAUCAACAACAACUAAAUCCACAGCAACAGCAGGUAUCCCAACCACAGCUAGCCCACCAACCAUCGUCGAUGCAACAGCCACAAUUCCAGCAGAUACAACCACAGCAACAAUUUGGACAACCACAGCAAGAACCACCACAACCUCAACAACUGCCACCACAACCUCAGCACCAUCCACCACAACCUCAACACCAACCUCAGCACCAACCACCACAACCUCAACAUCAACCUCCACAACCUCAGCAUCAACCACCACAACCACAGCAACAACAACAACAAUUACCACCACAGCAACAACCACAUCUCCAACAAGGGCAACACUAUCAGCAGUACCCUCCACAGCAGCAGCAAGAUUUCCAACAACAACAACAACAACAACAAUUUCCUUCCCCACAGCAGCAAUAUCAACAACCACAAGCUACACAAUAUCCUCCCAACAUGCAACAACCAGGUAAUUACCAACAACAGUUCUCUGUGAACCAACCCAUUCAAGAUGAAUUGAGUGCAAAUAUGAAAGAUCUACAAUUGAUUUCAUUUGAUUAGACAUCAUGAAUUUCUGUUUUUCAUUGUAAAAUGAAAGAACUUUAUUUAUAAAAUUGAGUGAAUAUUCUAUUAUCUGUAGUAUGUAUUACACUUGCAUUUGUGAAGAUGGAAGAUCUUGUCUGUAAAGUUACCAAGUUGAUCAAUAUGGCUACUGAGGAACAAGGAAAAUAAAGUGUUUUGCAUUAUGUUCUCAAGUGAUAUGAUUUUCAAUAUAUAAUUUGUAGCCAUUAAAGUCCUAUUUUCUGGAAAUACAAAAAGUUUAAUUUAA